UGAAAGUGUUCGAUGCAGUACCCGCUGGAGGAAGCCGCGGAAGAGGACGACCUCCACUCCGGUGGAAAGACCAAGUGCAAAGUGACCUGGCUUCACUUGGUGUUUCCGGUUGGCGCCAAAAAGCAAAAAGGAGGAAUGAGUGGCGCGCUCUGGUGGAUUCGGCUAUAAUCGCUAAAAGCGGUUUCUACGCCAAAUAUAUAUAUAUAUAUCGUUUAUAAUAUUUUGAAACCCAUUUGAAUCCUGUUUUGAUGAGGUUCGUUCGUCCUGUUCGUCGUCGUUCUCGGCCAAUUCGUGUGUUUAGAAGACUAUGAUUCCAGUCAGUAACGUCGGGGUUUCACGCAUGGUUGAGUUUUUUGUUCGCGUUUGUUCUACUAAAUUGUCUAUUUUUAUACUCUCGCAACAUGUUGCACAGAGUAUUAUAGUUUUGUUUACAAAACGGUUGUUUGUAUCACCAAAAAAUAAGAGAGUUAGAUAAGAGUUUAUAUAUAAAUAAAUGAUCAGGAUGACGAGUGGAUUCGACGUACGACGGACGUAUAUCCUUCCGUCUGUCCUUGAAAGCAAUAACCCUCCGUGGGAGGGUUGCUAUUGAAAAUGAGCGAAAGAGAACAUAAAUUUGACAUAAGAAAAUAGAAAAAUAAGUCUUUACAGAAAUACUGUAUUUGACUGUAGCGUCAAUUGUGGAAAAAUUGUCGAUAUCGGACUAUAACUCUUCAAUGCCACGGAUAUCGAACAUGAAAAUCUCUCAGAUAUUUUAAUUUAAUUUAGAGGGUUAAAAUCGGGUCAUAACUUCCCCUAGCUCCCAUAUACCGUAUAUUCGGAUUAUCAAACCUCCGGUGUGCUUUAUACCGCAUAUAUCGGUUAAUAUGUGAGAUAUCUUAGCAAAAUUAAGUGAUCGUAUAGUCUUGGAUAUAGUAUACCUUGGUGGUGAGAAUCAGUGAAAUCAGUUGAGGUAUUACAUCAGUCCUCAUAUACUAUAUAUGAUGAUUUUCGUUAUUCUCUUGGACUUUAUGUCGAAUAUAUGGGUUGUGUAAUAAAAUAUUCGGUUGCACCCGAACAUAGCCCUUCCUUACUUGUUUUGUUUAUUACUGUCAAUUUAAGAGAGACUUUUUACAUAUAAGUUUCUUAUUGAAUUUUUUUUUGUUUAUUAUUCAUUAUGGAAUUAUUUGGUCUUGCCUACUUCCUUCCUUAUGGCCUUGUUACACGUAACGAGUACAGUGGUGAGACAGUAUACUCGGCCGAGAGAGUUGCAUUGGCGAGUAGAGGUUUACACGUAUUUUGUUCAUCUAGUUAGACAGUGAAGUUUUUCAAAGUUUUUCAAAGACAUUUUAAAAGAGUUUUUAAUGAAGUUCUACCGUAUCUCAUAAAAGAGUUGUGGGAUUUAUUGGAAGCAGAAAAUAAUAGAGUGUGGACAAGACCGUGGAUAUUGAGACGAUCCGCUAUUGGUGCAACAAAUACCCUCUUUAGAGAAUUGGAAUCAGAAGAUCCUGAAGAAUUCAAGUCGCUUUUGCGCAUGAAUAUAGAAACCUUCGAAACAUCACUCCAAAUAUACAAAGAACUGAUAUUGUCAUGCGAGAGGCUAUUCCUGCACGAGUUAAACUACAAGUAGCGUUAACUUAUUUGGCAACGGGAAUGAGCUAUCGCUCUUUGCAGGCAAUGUACCGUAUUUCCCGCUCAGCAAUAUCUGCAGUAAUACCAGAAGUUAUGGAAGCUAUUUCACUUUAUUUACAAGAAUUCUUAAAGGUACCGGACAAUGAUGAAUGGAAAAAAAUUGAAAACGGAUUUAAAAUCAGGUGGAAUUUUCCCGGAUGCCAUGGUGCCAUUGAUGGCAAACAUAUUGUUAUUUUUGCACCUCCAAAUUGUGGAAGUGAAUAUUUUAAUUAUAAGGGCACCAAUAGCGUUGUCUUAAUGGCUGUCGUGGACCAUGAUUAUUGUUUUCGCUGUUUAAAUAUUGGAGCAAAUGGAAGAAAUGCGGAUGCAGGAAUCUUCAAUCAAAGUGCAUUGCGCCAAGCCCUUGAAAACAAUAUGUUACCCAAAGGUGGAUUUUUAGUGGGCGAUGACGCUUUUGCAUUGAAGUGUUAUUUAUUGAAACCAUACGGUGGACCAAAUCUCACAACAGCACAAACAAUUUUUAACUAUCGUAUAUCUAGAGCACGAAGAAUAGUCGAAAAUGCGUUUGGAAUUCUAGCGAGCAGAUUCAGAAUUUUUCAUACACCUAUUCCAACGGAUGUCAAAACAACUGACAAAAUAGUUCGUGCUGCAUGUGCUCUGCAUAAUUGGCUCAGAACUAAAAGCUCAACUACAUAUUUCCCAAGUGGUUGUGUUGAUGAAGAGGAUAUCAACUCUGGUGUAAUAGUUCCAGGAGCUUGGCGAAGAGAACUUGUUCAAGGGCUGCCCAGUAUUACCGAUCACAACACCAACUACGCUGGAAAGACAGCUAGGGAUUUGUGUGAAAAAUAUGCGGAAUAUUUCUCCAAUGAGGGUGCAGUGCCAUGGCAAAACAGGAUGAUUAGUUAAGAUUAAUAAAGAAAUAUUUAAUAAACUUACAUUUUCAAACGUUUGUCUUUUUAGUUCGUUUGCGAACACCUCUUCCAUUUCGUGUAGCCACUUUAUGUUUGAUUUGUAGACGUUGGUGAGUCCAGCUCCUGAUUUUUUAGAAUCUUCAAUUUUUUUUCUCCUGGCUGUAGGUCGAUCUUAAAUUUUUUAUUUUGUUCUUCGCCUCUGUCACUCCAAAGUUUGUUAUAUUCAUUUCUUGGACUAUGGCAAGAAGUGCAGCCUCACGUUUGUGUUUGUUUUUAUAAUCCGCAGAUGAAAAAUUCCACAAGCAUUGGUGUAAUUUAUAAUUUUGAAUAAAUUUCACAGUUGUAUCAUAAUUCCACUUAUUUGCCAUUUUAAUUCUUUCACAAUGCAAAAUUCAAUUGAAACUAAAUAAACAACAUGAAAAUCGACCGAGUGGCGAGUGAAGACCGAACGAGUGUUCACAUGCAACGAGCGAGUCAGUGAUUAGCUCAGAAGGGGCAAAAGAGUGAAGAAAAACGAAGCUCUCGGCCUAGUAAACAAAAUGUGAUUCUAGUGACUCUCUCGCCACUAUACUCGCCCACUGACUCGGUUCAUUACUCGCCUUACUGUUUAAACGAAACGAGCACUCGGCCGAGUCACUGUCUCGCCGCUCUACUCGUUACGUGUAACAAGGCCAUUACUUUCAUAAAAUCUAAAUGGCUGGGCACUUGCAAUGAGCAAUUGUUUAAACACAUUCCUAACCCAAUAUCGCUAGCAUAUGCAUUGGA